AUAAGAUUUUGAAAUAUGCGUCCAGAACGAGACUCGCCGUCGCCUUGCUGCUUCGUUGAAACGCCGCACCGUUUUCUUCCUUCUUUCCUCCUCGUUGCCUCGUCCUCUUCUGCCGGUGGUCCAGGGAUUCUCUUGCUCGCGGAAUCCGGCGACCUGUAUAAAAGAGGCGGCUACCCAUUGGUUCUGAAAGAGGCAAACCCAUUAAGGCGGAGAAGUGGUGGGAACGGUGGAAGGAUGAAGGCGUCAACCAGCAAGAGAAACCUGUUGCAGAGGAGGAUGGAGGUCGACGGCUUAGACCCGGAGACAUGCACCCCCGACGAGGCGAUGGCCGCCGUCGAGACGAUCAUUGGAUACCAGUUCAGCGACCGGACACUGUUGGAGACGGCACUCACGCACUCCUCCUUUCCUGCGGGAACGUCCUACGAGCGCCUCGAGUUCGUGGGCGACGCUGUCCUUGGCCACCUUUUCAGCACUCACCUCUAUAUAAGCUACCCCAACCUCGAUCAGGGCGCCCUCUCCCUCCUUCGCGCUGCCAAUGUCAGCACCGAGAAGCUCGCUCGUGCCGCAGUCAAGCUCGGGCUCUACCGCUUUCUCCGGCGCAACUCCCCUUCUCUAGACGACAAGGUGCUGGAGUUCUCGAAGGCAAUCCAGCACGAGUCCGCCAUCGCCAGCGUGAAACCCCCAAAGGUGCUCGCCGACAUCAUUGAAUCUGUCUCCGCCGCCGUUUACAUUGAUUGCGGAGAUAAACUUGACAAGCUUUGGACGAUUGUUCGACAUGUCUUGGCACCAAUGGUGACUCCAGAAACGCUACAAAGUCAUCCAUGGACGGAGCUACUGGAGCUUUGCCAGAAAGUAGGGAAGGAAUUGAAGCUCGCUAUGAAGGUAGACAAGAUGGGCCUGAAUGUGAUUCAUGUACUUAUCGACGGCGUGAGGUGCGGCACUGGGCGGAACGAGAACAAGGAUCUUGCGAAAAUUGCUGCGGCGAGAUUGGCGUUGGAAAAGUUCAGAGAGAAUCAAGGGGCUGAUCCAAUUGUGGAAGUGAUCAUUGACCACCCACUGUGUGAUGGAGUGGAUGAAGAUGGUGCCAAGCACAUGCUAAAUGUGCUUUGUGGCAAAAUGCAUUGGCCUUUUCCCAUAUAUAAACUCAUUGAAGAGGACGGGCCAGCUCAUGAUAAGAAAUUUAUCAGUUCCGUUGAGGUCACAAAGUCAAAUGAGAAGCUGAUCAUUAAGGGUGACUUGAAGGGGCGGGUCAAGGAUUCAGAGAACUCCGCAGCUCAAAAGAUGUUAAACCAUCUGAGUAGAUCAGGAAGGUUAACAAUUCAAUCAUAAUAGUUUGUAUAUAGGUAUCAAAAGGCAUCAGCUUAUCGUGCAUUUUAUUGUUUCUGCAAUUAAAGUGAUACGAGUAACCUUUUAUGGUUUAAAUAUCAUUUGAUUACUGUUGCCAUGUUCAGCCACUUUAAUGUAAUCAUAUUGGAUACAGAUGCAAAUUAGUUUACUGUAUUUUGAUA